GAUACAACGUGUAAGCAUUUAUUAAGAGAAGUAUUCCAGGGUGUGUUCUGUGGAGGAGUUUCAGUUUGACGGUUUCAGUGUGUAUGUUUUAGAAUGUUGGUUUCCUGAAGAGGCUUACAGAAGGAUGGUUUUAAGAUGACGAAUUCAAGAAUAUAAUUUCUGUCAGAACUGGGGCUUUUACAAGUUCGAACCGUGAAGCACACAGUAUUAAUUUUAUUGUCCCGUUUCGCACAGCAUGGGAGCUAAACGUAUUUUACGUGUUGCAACUUGCUAGCCCAGAGUUUCUGCAAUCAAAUAGCCCGUUAUUGUUUAAGGAAAAAUCUAUAUAAUUGGUAAUCGAUAUACCAGGCCUACCAGAACUCACGGCACUCUAUACAUACAUGUGGCGGCCACGACAGAAGAAGCCUAACUAAAGAUGUUAACGUAAAGGUUAAACACUGAAGCGAAUGAGAGAUGGCUGAACAAGAGUCGCAAAAUAAAGUUAAGAGAAAGAUAUUCAGGGACCCAGUCCAUGGCGACAUCACCAUACACCCAGUUUGUGUUGCGAUUAUCAACACACCACAGUUCCAGAGACUUCGAUCAAUCAAACAGCUAGGAACCUGCUACCAUGUGUACCCUGGAGCUACACACAACAGAUUUGAACACAGCAUAGGGCAGGCGAAGAGUUUUAUAAUAAAAAUUUUAAGUGCUUAAAAGAUUACUAUAAAAUAGAAAUAACACAGUGUUUAAACACAAAACAUAACCCAUUGCCCCUAUUCUACUAUGUCCUAUCAUUUGUUUCGUAGCUAACAGACAAUAUUAUACUUGCACACUCUCUGUCGUAAUCUUACAAGUCUUCAUUCUGUCUCAGUUUUAUUCUUUUACCCGGUUCUAAGACCUUAUGACCUUGUAACAUGAUCUUUUCUUCUGGGUUUUUGAAUGUCUAGGAUUUGCAUGUAUAAAGAAAUGUGGCCACAGCACACUCACUCAUUAGCCUUGAUUUGUUUAAAUAUAUUGAAAUAUUAUUAACGAUAUUUAAUUACCAAACAACACUAUUUAUAAAUCUGAAAAUAAAUGUUUAAUUAUGUAAACUUAAAUCGUAAUAGUUACCUAAUUAUGAUUGCAAUAACUGUCAUCUGAUGAACUUUCGCUCAUCUCCCCAGAGUAUGCUAUUUGGCAGGUAAAUUUGCAAAAUGUUUGAAGAAAAAUCAACCGGAACUAGAAAUAAAAGAUAACGAGAUACUGUGUUUAGAAAUAGCUGGACUGUGUCGUGGCUUAGGAACAGGUCCAUAUUCGCACGUGUUUGAAGACGCAUUUUUACCGAAAUCUGGACUCAACUGCAAUCUUAAACAGAUUACAUUACAACUUUUUAACUACAUUUUGAAACAAGAAACAGUCAUAAAGGCAUUUAAAGAUUACAAACUUGGAAAUCCUAGUGACACAAAUAGAAAUAUCCUUUUUAUAAGAAACAUGAUUCUAGCAGAGAAAAUACCACAGAACAGAAGAUUCUUGUAUGAGAUAAUUUGCGAUGAAGGGACUGGGAUUGCAGUGCACACAUUCGACUACCUGGCUAGAGAUUGUUAUCAUCUAGGUUUUAAAAACUUGUUCGACCACAAACGUUACAUGAAGUUUGCUAGGGUCAUAAAUGUUAACGGCGCGGAAAGAAUUUGUUUACGAGAUAAGGAAAUAGCAAAUCUAUAUAACUUGUAUUUCACCAAAUAUACGUUGACAAGAUUUGCUUAUAGACAUAAAGUAACAGAAGCAGUUCAGCUCAUGUUGGCAGAAAUGAUGGAAAGAGCCAAACUUCGUCCUUUCUUUAAAUUAUCAGGUCAGACAAUAACUAGUUGUUUGGAGGAUGCUGAAGCCUAUACUGCACUUGAUGAUAAUAUUAUAUAUUGGAUAAUGGAUACUGAAAAUACAGAUCUAACAGCAAAGGAAUUAGCUAACGACAUUCUAAGCAGAAAAUUUUAUUAUUGUGUUUGUGAGAGUCAACCACUGAACAACAAAUGUGUGCAGUAUUCUAUGACUGUUGAAGAAAUUACUCAAAGACUCAUAGGAGCCGGUGCAAGAACAUUUGAAAAUGGAGACAUUAUAGUGGAGAAAAAAUAUUUAAGUUUGAGAAAAACAGACCCACAAAAGUGUAGGGCUAUUUAUACAUACUCAAAAGCAAAUCGAGAUGAAGCUCAAGCAAUACAAUAUAAUGAGUCACAAGGAAUUUUAAGUUUUGGUGAAGAGUCGGAGUUAUUAAUACGUGUUUAUAUUAAACAACGGAACGAUGUUUUACAAAAAAACGUAUACCAAGCAUUUUACAAAUGGAUCAAUUUGCCACAAGGUCUGCCUGCUUCAAUAUCUGUGGGAGGAAACAAGAAAAAUAAGAUAUUUAACGAUCCUGUCCAUGGUCACAUAGAGAUGAAUGCAGCCUGCUUGAAAAUUAUCGAUACAGCUGAAUUUCAAAGACUGAGAAACAUAAGUCAUCUUGGAAUGGUAUAUUUCUUAUAUCCUGGAGCCUCACACAAUAAAUUUGAACACUCUUUGGGAGUUUGUCAUUUAACUGGUCAGUAUAUACAGGAAUUACAGAAAACCACUGCAGAUAUUGAUGACAAGGAUAUAUUGUGUUUAGAAAUCGCUGCACUAUGUUACAGUUUAGGUUCACUACCCGAUGGUCUCUGGUCUAAUGAAGAAAGAGCUAAAAAGACUGAACAAGCAUCAGCAAAAAUGUUCAAACACUUAUUAGAAAAUAAUAACGAUAUUAAAGUUUGUCUUGAGCAAGAAAAUGGAUUGGAAGCAAAUGAUCUAACUUUCAUAACGGAGUUAAUUAACUCUGUUGAACCUACGGGGUCUACGGCUUGGCCCUACAAAGGAAGACCUGAGAGUAAAUCCUAUUUAUAUGAGGUAAGUGUGAUUAAUGAGAAUUUAAAACUCACUUUGCCUUAA